AAACACAGGGGGCGCAAUGACAGAGCGAACGGAAACCCACAAACGUCUAUUUUUUUGUUAAUUAUCUGUCAAUUAAUGUGCCCCUGUUAAGCGAACUAUGACAUAAUUAGUGACUUAAAUGCGUUUUAAUUAUAAACCUCUCUCAAAUACGAAACGCAUUUAUUUUGCAUCGUGUAUGUGUCGGAAUAAAAAUAAUGGAAGCAGACUCGACCAAGUUGCUGUUGGUCACAGCCAAUGUUGGUUCCAUUUUUGAAGAUCCAGAACAUAUGCUGAAGUUAUGGCUGAAAGAAUUCUUGGCAGCUGUUCAGGACAUGGUGCCGGACAUUGUAGCAGUUCAUUGCCAGGAGGUGGGAGGCAAGAACUAUGAGGCCUCCAUGCAGCAUGUUAACCAGUUUGUCAAGGCCAUGUUGGGGAGUGAUGAAUUACAGAAGUAUGACCGAGCUCGGGUAUUCCUUGAUGAAGACUACACUGCUGCAGAUAAAUUCACAGCCCUGGGGAACCUUUAUUUCAUACAUGAGUGUGUAGAGGAGGUGCUUAUAUAUGAUUUUAUUGAAUGCAAAUUUCUUCCAGUAGAAGGACGUGAGGUUUUAUCAGGGAACAUUGAAAACAUCCAAAUAAAAGAGAAAGCCAAAUACCCACAGAACUUCUUUCCUGACUUUAAAUGGUCGCGGAAAGGCUUCCUCAGAACGCGGUGGAGUGUAAAUAAUAGUAUAUUUGACCUGAUCAAUAUUCACCUUUUCCAUGAUGCCUCCAACAUUGUUGCAUUACAGAAGAGUCCAUCGGUGUACUGUGACAACCGAUAUCGGGCACUUGCUCACACACUUCAGAGAUUUGAGACAGAUCAGUUUGAUAAAGUUCCUUACUUUAUUUUUGGCGACUUUAACUUCCGACUUGAUCUCCAGGCUUUGUUAAAGGUUUUAACAGAGAAAACAGAGGCCACUGAAGGCAGAGGAAAGAAGAAUAAUGUGAACAAGCUCACAUACACUGAUGCAAACAGCAAGGUUGUGCUUACCGUCGAAUCCAAAUACUUUGAUCAUCACGAAAAACACAAUGAAGUCUUCAUCAAUAAAGAUAAAACGCUGAACAAGUAUGAUGUUGAGAUUGAGAUGUACCGAGACAAGGUGUACGAAUACGACAUCACCUUUCCACCCAGCUACCCGUUCAGUGAGGAGGUGACAGAUGGAUUGUCGUACAUGAAGACACGGUGUCCGUCCUGGUGUGACAGAAUACUGCUGUCACACUCAACCAAAGAUCUCAUCUAUUCGGAUGAGAAAUUCAAACCCGAGUACAACAUCAUUGGAUCUGACACGUGCAUGGGGGAUCACAAGCCUGUGUACCUGUUGUUGCGGUUAAAGAAAGGAAAAGGUAAUAAAAACCUGUCGUAUUACACUCAGUCAUCGAUUGAACGUAGAAAAAUGCUUUCAAAGACAAUUUCUAUAAACGGAGAAACAGUAGAAUUUCGAGGAGAUAAACUAAAUAUUCAUGAUUUUGCAAACUUUGAAAAAACUGAAGAACUGAUGCCUGAGUUUCGAAUGAGCAUAAAAACCAAAGCUGCCCCAGCUGAUGGUGAUGGAGAAAGCAUGGUGGAAGGAUCUGAUACCAAUGGAAGUAGCAGUACAACAAGAAAAACGCCCUCCUUUCAUGACAUUGCCCGGCAAGUAUGUAGGAUGGAGUCGGCUCUGUUGAAAUGGCCACAUACACCACGGACACGGCAUCACAGUUCAUCAUCCGAAGAUAUGAAAUCUGACGAUGACAUUGAUUCUAAGGUGUCAGAUCAGAUGUCCGUUGAAACUGAUGUUUUAAAAAUAGAAUCUGAUGUGAACGACGUAGCCGUAGAUCUAAAGCCCUUAUACUCUGAAGGCAAAGACAGUGACCUGAGGCAAAGAAAAAAACUGACAAGUAAAAACAAUGUCGGGGCAGCUUUGAGUGAAAAUCAGGAUGUUGAGACAAAUGAAUAUUUGCAUGAACAGAAUUCUUGUGUAAAGCAUGAGCAUGAGUCGGUGGCUGGUGAUGUGGAUAAACCUGCAACUGGACGACGAAGAAUACGAUGCCCAUUUUGUGUUGUCAUGUAGUCUCGAUGUUGUCUCCCCUUGAUGUUUCCACAGUCUCGCCCUCACCAGAACAGAUCCAGUUGCCAAUGGCAACAGAGGUGAUUGUUCCCAGCACUCAAGUGAAAAUCUCUGAAGUAGACACUACCAAAUACAUUCACAUUAGACAGAAUGGCACCUCAGCAAGAGUCUUCCGAGAGACCUCUGUUUGACCUUCAGCUGACCUUUGACCUAGAGGCUUCAAAUAGAUUUUCAUGCAAUGUAUUAGUUGCCAUGACAACAUUUAAUUGAUUUGAUGCUGUUUUGAGGUUAAGGAUAGACUGUUGUUAAUAUAUGAAAGGCAAUAUGUUGUUAUAUUUAUAUAUUUUUAUGUUUUGAAAUUAAAAAAUCAUGAGAUUUUCGGCAGUACUGUUAGAGAUGGUUGUUAGUAUGGUGUUUAAUAAUGUUAUAUCACUGUUACUGAAGCUUGUUUAUGAUGUUCGUGUUUCAAUUUGGCAGCAAAUGUCUACAUGAGAAAUCGUGUAGGGAGAUGUCUACGAGAGAAAUCAUGUAGGCAGACAUUGGAUUGAUGAUAGGAUAUAAUUCUCAAAAUCAAAAGAAAAAUGGCACUUGUUCUUAGUGAUGUUUGUUCAGUAAUUGAAUACCUGUGUAUGCUGAAUAUGGUAAUAUUUGUUACUAAUUUCAUGUCAAAAUAUAUCUAGCAAGAUGCACCAAACAAUGACCAAAUAAUGUUAUUACCCGAAUGUACAUGUAGCAUAUUUUCCCAUUUACUUAUAUUAGCAAAUAAUCACAUAUGCCCAUUCUAAUUGUUUAGUACAAAACUAAGCUACUGUCAUCUGUUUUAAUGAAUAUGCACCAAAAUUAUCUGAAAAUUCUAUUGCUCAAGUAAUAUAAUUAAAAUGUAAACCACUUAAA